AAUAAGCCAUGGAGAUGAUGCUACAGUGGUUGCAACAUUUAGAACACCAACAGGCUUCUAUGAUGUUGGUUUGACCAUGGCUAAACCUGGGUGUUGGUCCAUGCUUAAAGGUGGCAUCACAGUCAACCAAUCUGGCUCGACUCAGCUGUAUUUUCAGAGCAAAAAUACAUCGAUUGAUAUAUGGGUUGAUAGUGUUUCUUUACAACCCUUUACACAAGAAGAGUGGAGAGCUCACCGGUAUCAGAGUAUCGAGAAGGAGAGGAAGAGUAAGGUGAAAAUCCAUGCAGUCGAUAGCGAAGGCAAACCCUUAGUAAAUCAAAAAAUAACCAUUUCACAAAAGUUAUCAAACUUCCCAUUCGGAUGUGCCAUUAACACCAACAUCCUAACCAACGAAGCUUAUAAAAACUGGUUCACUUCAAGAUUCAAAUACACAACAUUUGAAAACGAAAUGAAAUGGUACACCAACGAACGUGUCCAAAACCAAGAAGACUACUCAUCAUCCGAUGCAUUACUUGAGUUCACAAAAUCAAAUGGAAUUUCAGUGAGAGGCCACAACGUGUUUUGGGAUGACCCCAAGUAUCAACCGAGUUGGGUUCCAAAUCUUGAAUCACAACAGCUAGAGGAUGCAACCACCAAGAGGAUAAACUCAGUCAUGGGUCGAUACUCGGGUCAAGUAAUUGCAUGGGAUGUUGUGAAUGAAAACAUGCAUUUUGAUUUUCUUGAAAGGAAGUUAGGAGGGAUGGGUUCUUCUUCGAAAUUUUACUCGAUGGCUAGUGUUCUUGAUGGACAUGCUGAUUUGUUCUUGAAUGAAUAUAAUACGAUUGAAGAACCGGGUGAUGAGUUGUCAUCGCCUGAUAGUUAUCUCAAAAAAAUUGAAGAGAUUCGGAGUGGGGGUUACCAUGGGCCAUUAUCAAUCGGGUUAGAAGGUCAUUUCACAAAUGUGGACAUACCUUACAUGAGAUCCGCCAUCGAUAAACUUGCAAGUUCGAGACUUCCCAUUUGGAUCACUGAACUGGAUGUCCAGCCUGGCCCUAAUCAGGGGGAGUUAUUGGAACAAGUGUUGAGAGAAGCUCAUGCACAUCCAGCAGUGAAUGGGAUAGUUUUGUGGUCUGCAUGGAGUCCGGAAGGAUGUUACAGAAUGUGUUUAACGGAUAAUGAUUUCAGGAACUUGGCUACAGGUGAUGUGGUGGACAACAUUAUUAAUGAAUUUUUUGGUGUAGUUGUUAUGGGGAUGACAGAUGAAUCAGGUUUCUAUGAGACUUCGUUGAUUCAUGGAGAUUAUGAAGUUAGCUACCAAAAUGAAACGGAUGUGAAAUCAAGUCGGAUAUCUCAGGAUUUUAAGGUUGAAGCAUCGGGAUCAUCCGAGGAUUUCUUGAAUAUCAAAAUCUCGGGUUGAUAUUUUUGGUAUUAAAACUAGUGUAAUAU